GUAGCAAGCUUUUGUUUUAUUUUGGCAGCAGUCAGUGCCUUCAUCUCCAUUAUUCAUGUCAUAGAGAUACUGUCACAACAAAGUCUGAUGUGUUAAAAAGACAGGCGAUUAAUUGUUCUGGAGUGGGAUAAGUUGUAGUAUAAGUUGGAAGCGCUGUGUCUUUGAAGUCUUUUAGGUGAGGAGAGAAGGUGUAAGCCCACCCGUACGGGACAAAUGAGCUUCCUUUAUAACGAUCCAGACCGUCAGGUCGAUUCUGAAGAAUUUGACUUUUCGGCACUUUUUGACAACAGCCACGAUGAAGACUUUGCUACGAAAGAUGCAGAACAUGUUGCUUGUUCUCACAAUGACAUUGUUUCUUCGGGGAUUGGUUAUUCCACAAUGGAUGCCCCCCAUUAUGGGCCCCAGUCAUGCAACUCCGUGACAUCAGCUGUGUUAACCGAAGAACACUUGAGUGAAUAUGGUCAUGUGGACAACAGAGAGUUCAAAUACUACCUGGAACCUGCAAAGCCUCCAGCCUCUUCUGGGGUAGAAAGUCCAAGAAUUGAGAUCACACCAUCGCCUGGACUGUUUUAUGCAGCUUCACAUCCAGGAGGCCCUCGAGAACAAUAUUCCCCUGUGGCUUCCAGGUCUACUUUGCCAGUACCAGGUCCUGAAAACAAUGCAUACAGAGAUCCGUUCAGUCCAGCUAGUAGUGCCUCUUCCACAAGUUGUCAUUCCUAUGUGUCUCAUGAGUAUGGCAUAUCCCCUCAAACAUCUCCUGUAACAUCCCCGUGUGUCUCACCAAAGAAUGGGGGCUCAAAUGAACAUCAAGUUCAAGCUCCUCACCAUUCUCCAAGAACAUCUCCUGCCAACUCACCAACCACUCACAUCGAAAACUGGCACGGACCACGAUCACCAUCUCCAUCACCCAGACAGUCUUCGAGAUCAUCUUCGCCUAUUGGAAAGAGGAGGUAUUCCUGCGAUCGUUCGAGAACUCCUUCCCCACAAGCUUCACCAAGAGUUAUAACGAGAGAUGAGCCCACUUUCCAUCCAUGCUCUAACGCUAGUCUAGCUGAAGCAAUGAGCACUCUCACCACAGAUUCCAACAACGAUUCAGGUGAAAUUUGGGGGAAGGCUCGCAUUGUCGAUCUUCCUCCACCAACCUCCCUUAAAACUGACAUGACCAGAAGUGAAAAGCACCCCAUGUUUUCCAUGACGGAUUUCUUGGAGAUUGCAGGAACAUGCCAUGAGCUGAAGAAAGAUAUUUAUAAUCCUGAAACCGUUUUUCUGAUGCCUCCUCAUCCUUUGCAUUGGUCGAAACCGAAACCUCUCUGUGGCAUCGCUUCCCUUCCUCCCCUGGAAUGGCAGCUGCCGUGUCAGUCAGGACAGUACGAACUCGAGAUUGAAGUCCAACCUAAGCCACAUCAUCGGGCUCACUACGAAACCGAAGGCAGUCGAGGGGCAGUCAAAUCUCCCUCAGGGUGUCACCCUGUUGUCCAGCUCCACGGUUAUGUGGACAACAAGCCUCUCAGCCUGCAGAUUUUUAUUGGAACAGCAGACGACCGGCUACUACGACCACACGCCUUCUAUCAAGUCCACCGUAUCACCGGGAAAACCGUUUCAACCACCAGCUAUGAGAAAAUCUGCGGAAACACCAAGGUGUUAGAGAUUCCACUCCUGCCAGAGAACAACAUGAAAGCAAUCAUUGACUGUGCUGGUAUCCUCAAGCUGAGAAACGCAGACAUCGAACUGAGGAAAGGGGAGACUGACAUUGGCAGAAAGAACACCAGAGUGAGGCUGGUCUUCCGCGUACACAUUCCUCAACCCAAUGGCAUGUUCGUCUCGCUCCAGGCUGCUUCCAAUCCCAUCGAAUGCUCUCAGAGAUCAGCACACGAACUGCCAAUGGUGGAGAAGCACAACAUUGACAGCUGUUUAGUUAUGGGCGGACAACAGAUGAUCCUGAAUGGUCAAAACUUCACGCCAGAGUCUAAGGUCUUAUUUACAGAGAAGACUCAUGAUGGACAACAGAUGUGGGAGGUAGAAGCAACAGUGGAUAAAGAUAAAAGCCAGCCUAAUAUUCUUUUUGUUGAAAUUCCACGUUAUCAGAACCAGCUGAUACACACCCCAGCCAAAGUGAGUUUCUGCGUCGUUAAUGGAAAAAGAAAAAAAAGCCAGCCACAGCGGUUUACAUAUCUUCCUGCAGUGCCCAUCAUUAAAACAGAGCCAUCUGAUGAGUGUGAGGCCACCUUAAUCCACAGUGCACAUAGAGAAGCAAUGUCACAGCUUUAUUAUGCAUCGCAGGGCAUGACCCCUGUAAUGGUCGGUGACCCAACUUCAAGCUAUGGGGCUCCCUGUCGUCCUGGAGUCUCUCCACCCGAUUCCAGAUACCAGCAGCAUAACCCAUCAGGGGCUAUGUAUCAGAGGUGCAAAAGCGGCAGCCCCAGUCAACUAGGCUACCAGUCAUCUCCAGUCAUGGUGUCGUCGAUUCCCACAAUUCAAGACGGUCACCGAUCAGUCUUAGUGCAUCCUGGGUCACCUGGGCAACCCGGCAUGCUGCACCACUCGCCAGUCAAUCAGUCCUCUAUCAUGAUUCAUCAUUCCUCAAACAAUCAACACUCUUCUUCCAUGCUUCACAAUUCUCCAACCCAUCACCAGUCGUCUAUGAUUCAGCACUCUCCAAAUAGCCAGCAGUUGUUGCCCAUGAUUCACCAUUCACCAAACAGCCAACAGCUCAGGUACUGCAGCCACCAGGAUUACCAGCACCAAGUGUAUUUAGAGAAUGAUGCCCACGUGCCCACAGUGCAGGCCGCAACACCGCAAGCAGCACAUCACAUGCAGAGGAAUAGCCCGACUCACUAUCCAGCUGUGAUCCAGCAACAGCACUCAUCCCAUGCCGUGCAGAAGACGUCCAAAAACGGGCCCUCGCCAAGUCAGCUUGCUUCACUGACACUGGCUCAGCAGGAGUCGGAGAAGGAAGCCAUAUCUACUGAGGUCACCGUGAAGCAGGAACCACAGAACCUGGACCAGGCGUAUUUGGAUGAUGUUAAUGAAAUUAUAAGGAAGGAUCUCUCUGGAAUCACAGCGAGAGGUCAGUCAUAGACCAAACAAAUUCCAAGGAUCUCUCUCUGAACACUUCCAGCACAGUUUGGAGCACAAUCCGAGUGGCACUCUGUGUUUCGAAAAAUCGGUCAGCUGAAAGAUUUUGACUCAGCUGCACAGAACAAUAUGUUGGCAUUGAGUCGACAGCUCUGAGUAAUCAUCUUGGGAACUUUCACUGUGUGAACUUCAGCUUAGCAACUGUUCCUUAUUGUUUUCUAUUCAGACUCUUCAGUGGGUCCAAAAAAAAGUAUAUUUUUAGUUCAAGAAUGAGUCAGUGUUUGCUAUAAUCGGGUCACACCCAUUGUGUCAAGGAAGUAAGGGGGUGAGGGAGUGUGCGUGGAUGUGUGUGUGUGUCCCUCCGAAGCUUUUAAAAAGAAUACACCUAUAAUCCUCCAUAAUGGACUUUUAAAUUGUUACCCUUCCUAGUUCCUUUCAUUGCAGUGAUAGGGUCUUGGCGCAUUUAUAUUCAUUUGCUUAUAUCAACCCAAGCCGGGGCUUGAAGUCAAAUUUGUGGUGAGGCUUAAGAGUCACGCAUAGGAAUGUGCCAGCAUACGCCCAUGACAACUACACAGCCCAGAAUCACAAUGCCUGUGUGGUGGAGGUUGGUUUGUAAAAGCGCCAGCAUACCACACUGGCACAUUCUGUACCACUUUGUUUUAAACUGGUUUCUGGAAAGGGAGAGGGGAUGGGGAGAGAGAAAGAAAAAAAUGUUAACUCUUGCAGAGCUUUUCUGUUCAAAACGUCUCGUCGUUCUCCAUUUACAAGCUCUCGUGCAGGGCAAUGCCCCACGGAUAUCUGUCACACGAUUCCUGCAUAGAAAAUGAUGAAAUGACCUUUCAGCUUUCAGCAAAAAAAAUGUUAAAAAAAAAUUGGUUUGCGAUGAGGGGUAAGAAAUUUUUAGCAGAAUUUCAUCCUUUGCAACAAGGGGAAAAAACUGGGUUGUUGUGUUUCCAGUGGAGUGGUAGAAGAAUUCUGGACUGUAUUAUAAUUUUGUUUUUUUUCUCUCUGGCACAUUCUAUUAGCAAAUAUAUGAAAUAACUCUGGCGUGAUAGCAGGUGAAACCAUCUCACAUUAUACCGAACGUCUCCGAACCCAAGGCAACUAAUAUUUAUGCUGUUUCACCAAAUACCUAUUGUGUUUGAUAUAUUUAAUCGUCAACAUCACCUGUCUAGUUGCACGUCUAGUUUAGUAAUGCUUUGUUUUUUUAAAAAAGAUACUUUUGGAAUUAAAUAUUUUAUGUAUAAAUAAUGUCCUUUUCAGAAGAAACUACAACCACAUCAGAAAGCUAACAGAAGCAUAUUUCAAUAAUAUCAAGGAUUAUUGCCUAGAUUUUUAAAGUAACUAUUGAAUCUAUCUAUUUUUUUAAAUAGAAGUCAAGUUUAUUGUUUUCUGAUCCACAUUUUUGAUGUACAUUUACAUGUUUAUUUUUUAAGUCAUUGAAGAAUAUUUAGCGGUAAAUCUGUAAGUGCAAAAUAUUUCAUUUAUUCCCCAGACUAUUGGUUGCGUCCAUCUGUACAAUUUAUUUUCUUCACUAACCUUUUUGUUCGUCCUUAUUGAAAUCCCUAACACAACUCUGGUGCAUAUUACAUUUUUUUUAGUUAUUUUAAUAUAUAACAUAUUUCCUUAUAAUGGAAAUGCAUUAUAUUGUAAUAACCAAAUAUCAGUGAAAACGUAAGACUUUGACACACACUUUGCCUGGUCUUGAAUUAUCGAAGCUUCUUUUUGAAUAAUAAUAAUAAUAUUAUUAUAUAUUAUUAUUAGAUUUUUUUUACUCUGAUGCUGCGAAUGAUGGCUUCUGCACCGCUCACUGUUCAUUUUCUCACAGCAUGGUGUAUUCACUGAGACCUGGGUCCAGCACAAAAUGUGACUGCAUAUGCAUGCUGCCAUUAUAGUGCAACCACUUGAGUGAUGGCACUGUACAGCAGCUCACUAAAUGAUGGCCUUAUUUCACUGCCCAAUGGUGGAAGUGCAGGAUUUCCUUGCAAGGACUUAGGGAAUAGGAACUUGGUGACAGCCUUUGCUGAGGGGCUUUUCAAUGCUACAAAACUAAUGCUUGGAAUAGUUCUUUGAUGGCUUCAGACCCUGUAGAUCCAAUAACAGCACUUUAGCAUGGCAAAGUACGGCAUCUGCAUUAUCCUGACAAUCUCAAUUAAAAUAGAACUUUGUUUUGGAAAAGAAAACUAUGGACAGAGAUUUCAAGUCCUUUUUACACUGAUACUAAUUCCAAAUCUUUCCUCUUGCCGCACCCAUUUUUCUGCUAAGUUGAUCUUAGGGAGAGCUGACAUCCCCAAUUUCAUUGCUCCCCCUGAUAUAGCUUGAAUGAUGACGAAAAAAGAAAGCACAGCAUGAAUGGAUUUAAACAAGGUCAUAAAUAUUCAUUGCCACCAUUAUAAUGCCAUAUAACUGCACUAAAUCGCCACAAUAAAAUAUCUUUCCCAGAUAGCACUUACGCCAUAUUUCAUUUUUUGAUAAUAAAUGGUUGUUCAUCUCCACUAUCAAGUUAAACUCUAAUAGAUCAAGUUUGCAAAUGCUCCUCUUGAACAUUUGGCUUUCCUCUGAAAUAACUAGGAGAGUUGUUGUGAUCUGGAAUGCAUUGCCUGAAAGGCUGGUGGAAGCCGAUUCGAUAA